AUGCAAUUUUCGUACACAGACAAACGACUGCAGGAAAUAAGGUUAAAGCAAAUGUCAGACUAUGUCUGUCAAAAACUAAUUGAAUUUGCUCAAAAUGGGUGGCCUGAAUCAGAGUUAUGUGAAAUUUCAAAAUUGUAUUGGAAAUUGCAAGGUGAAAUUACUGUAAACAAUGGGUUGUUGAUGAGAAAUGACAGGCUUAUUAUUCCAUCUGAAUUGAAAACAGAUAUUUUGUUACAUGAGGCCCACCAAGGGAUCAAUAAAUGUAGAUCAAGGGCAAAAGAAUCUGUUUUGUGGCUAGGAAUAAGCAAAGACAUUGAAAAUCUUGUUAAAGGGUGUGAUACUUGCGCUAAAAUGCAAAACGAAAAAAGAGAGCCAUUGAUUGCUAAACCUUUUCCGGACAGGUGUUGGUCGAAGUUAGGUUCAGAUUUGUUUUAUUGGCGCGGUUGCACAUAUUUGCUGGUGAUAGAUUAUUAUUCUCGCUACAUUGAAAUAGCUAAACUCAGUUCACUGUCGUCAGCGACUGUUGUUGCGCAUCUCAAAUCAAUCUUGUCACGUCAUGGACUAUGCGACACAAUAGUCACGGACGGAGGUCCGCAAUAUGUUUCGGAUACUUUCAAAAAGUUUUGUGCUGAUUACGAUAUUGAGCACAUAACCUCAAGUCCGAGGUAUCCUAUGGGUAAUUCAGAAGCUGAACGUGCCGUACAGACUGUCAAACGUCUGCUGAACGCGUGUGAUGAUCCGUAUCUCGCUUUGUUGACAUAUCGGGCUACUCUGUUGCAAAAUGGGCUUUCACCAAGUCAAUUGUUAUUUGGGCGUCAGAUUAAAACUACACUCCCUCAAGCGCCACAAAAGCUUGAUCCAAAAACGGUAAAUUCUAGAGAGAUACAGCAGAAAGAAAAGAAUUACCGUAAUUACUCAAAAGAAAAAAGAAAAUUACGACAGGUCUAG